CGCGAACUCUGCACGGAGACGGCGACAUUAGAAUAGAUCGAACCUGUAUAUUUAUUUAAAUUAAUUUAUCUGGUGUAGUUAUGUGAAUAUCGACAACUUAAAUUCGGGUGUUUAUUGUGGCUAAUCUAAGAUGGCGGCAUAAUUAUAUCGGCGGUUAUGCAUAAUAUGAUAGCGAUGUCAACUCUCAUGAUGCCCGCUGCAACGAUGACGACGAUGACGAACGCGGGGCCGAUCCCGGUGGCCGCGGCCACGAAGCUGGAGCCCAAGCUGCUGCAGCUGCCGCACCCGGCGCUGAUGCCGCAGAUCCAGCAGCCGCAGCACCAUCAUCAGCACCAGCAUGCCAAUAACAACAAACUUGAACACUACCACAUCUUCGUAGGCGACUUGAGUCCAGAAAUUGAAACACAGAACCUACGGGACGCCUUCGCGCCUUUCGGAGAAAUAUCGGACUGUCGAGUCGUAAGGGAUCCACAGACGCUAAAAUCAAAAGGAUAUGGAUUCGUCUCCUUUCUCAAAAAAUCGGAAGCGGAGUCGGCGAUCACGGCAAUGAACGGGCAGUGGCUGGGCUCGCGGUCGAUCCGCACCAACUGGGCCACCAGAAAACCGCCCGCGCCGAAGAAUGAACUGAACUCCAAGCCGCUGACUUUCGACGAGGUGUACAACCAGAGCUCGCCGACCAACUGCACCGUGUACUGCGGCGGGCUGACCGCGGGCCUGACCGAGGACCUCAUGCAGAAGACCUUCCAGCCGUUUGGCACCAUACAGGAGAUACGGGUGUUCAAGGACAAGGGAUACGCUUUCAUCAGGUUCUCAACAAAGGAGAGCGCGACGCACGCGAUCGUGGCUGUCCACAACACCGACGUGAACGGUCAGCCCGUGAAGUGCUCCUGGGGCAAGGAGUCCGGGGACCCCAACAACGCGCAGGGCCAGGGACAGCUGGGCAGCACAGCGUACAGCCCGUUCGGCGCGUACAGUGGCGUCCCCCCGUCAUACUGGUACAACACGUACCCGCAGGUGGGGGGCUUCCUCCAGGGCGUCCAGGGGGUGCAGGGCGUCCAGGGCGUUCAGGGCUACUCGUACGGCCAGUUCGCCGGGUACCAGCAGCAGUAUAUGGGCAUGGGCGGCGUGCAGCUGCCGUGGGCGCUGGGCGGCGGCGUGGGCGGUGUGGGCGGCGUGGGCGGCGUGGCGGCCAUGUCGCAGCCGCCCCAGGUCCUGCACUACCCCGUCCAGCACUUCCAGGUGCAACCAAUCAGCGAGGACGAAUGGCUGACACCGAGUUUGCUGGUGUGAGGCCAGCGGCCGGCCCCCACUGAUCCCUGCUGCUGUGUUCACAAGGAGUGGAUGUGAAUCCCCACUUCCCCACCCCCACACACCCCCCAGUGACCCUAGUCAAUUUCACUAUCUUUCCGACUUCACUGUCUGUAGUCAAUAUUUUUUGUGCGCGUUUUUUUAGUCCGUGAUCGACCUCGCGAUCGCGAACGAACGUUGCGGUCGUGAUCAAACUUUGCGGUCGUGAUCAAACUUUGCGGUCGUGAUCAAACUUUGCGGUCGUGAUCGGCUUUGCGAGGCGUGGGCGGACGCAGGGACGUGGGCAGGCGACGAAUCGAACGAUUCUUAUAUGAAAUGUGAGUCACGUUGAGAGAAUACUAAUUUCUACGGCUGCUUAUGAUUGCAUGGAAAAUGCGUUUAAUUAUAUGAGUAGGUAAGGGAAUAUAUAAAUAUUUUUAAGUAUACACAUAAAUUAAUAUAAGUUAAUAUAUAUCUCGACCACGCGGGCCCAAAAAUGGUUGCGAUAUUUUUUCCUUUUCGUUGUAUCAGACAAUGCUAAGGUACCAAACAUCAGCACAAGUAUAGGAUAAGUUUAGUGGAAAAAAAUUGUAGAUUUUUGGAAAAAUGUUUAAUAGAAAAAAUACCUAGAUGCAAGGUACAGAUCGUGAGUGAGAUGUUUUUUAAGACAAUUUUAUAUUUGAGAAUGGUAAGUGUGUAAGAGAGGGGAUGCAGGUUUUUCGAUAUUUACAUCGGUCGAUACUUGGUGCGCCGGUAUGCGAUGUUCACUUGACUAUGCGCUCUGACUAUCAUCGUCACUUAAAUGCUCAUUUCUAUCGAUUUUCCAUUUCACGUUACGAUUUCGAUAAUUAUUUAUCUUUAAUUUUGUGUCCUAUUGAUUUGCGAAAAUGCAUAUUUAUAUAGCUAAAACGCAAAGUUCAUAUUCCAAUCGUCUUCAAAAAAACAUUUCAUCGAACCCAGUUUUACUUUUCAGUAACAAGACUAUAUUAUACAGUGUGUAACACAAACAAGUGAUAAUACUUUAGG